CUCUCCAGAAACUGCUGCAAAAUUGAACUUAUUUCUACCCCCCCCCCCCCCCCCCCCCCCCCCCCCGAAUUGAAAGAGUCAAGAUACAAGGUCCACUACAUUUACAACAACCACAUGUAGUUCACUAUCACUAAGAAUUGAACUAAGAAAACCAAUUUUUCUCUUACCUUUCAUAUAUACCAUAUUGGAAAUUUCUAAAUUGAUCAAACUCACCUAAUGUAUGACAUUUACUUUUUGUCAUCAAAUCAUGCACUUAACAUGAGGCAAGAACCUUAGCAACUUUCCUACAUCAUUCUUAAUAUAUUUUCUCUCCCUCUCUCACUCUCUUUUAUUUCAACACUUAGACUCAAUCAAGUCCUUGCUACUCAAGAGAAUGGCUUCUCCAACUCAAAAUUUGAGGAUUCAAAAGGCUACAAUAGUGUUACUCAUUAUAUGUAUUUCAUUUUCUUCUUCAACCGAAGAAAUCAUAAUAACAUCUCCAAAGAAGUUAGACUUUCCGGUGGUUGUUCCGCCACCAGAGUACACCGAAAUCAAGUGCGGAUCAUGUCCUUGUGGACAAACAUGUGGCGACCAAUCUCCUCCACCUCCGCCUCCACCACCUCCUUGUCAACCACCAACACCACCACCGCCGCCACCACCUCCACCACCAUGUCCGCCUCCUCCUCUUCCUCCUCCUCCUGCUCCCAAGUGCCCUCAAAAUUGUAACCCCUUACUACCAUCACCGCCGCCGCCACCAAGAUUCGUAUAUGUACCAGUGCCAGGUCAACCUAAACCAUAUUGGAUAUAUUAUUACUCUGGAGCUGAAAGUAGAGCAGUGAAUUUCCUGGUUUUGGCUUUAGGAGGAGGACUCUCGAUUGCAAUGAUUUUUGGAUGAUAUCAUCAUGAAACUAAAGCUAAACUUGUUCAAAUAAGUUUCAUCUUAUUAAUGUUCUAUUCUCUUAUUCUUGUUCA